UCUCCAACAACUCAAACAUUUCAUGAUGUUCAAACUUGCAUGUGCAUGCUUUGUUUCUUCUCUGUUUCUCUUCUUCACCUAUUCCUCUGGCAGCCACAACACUUCAUCCUCAACAAUUUGCCCCACUUACCGCUGCACCAAUGGACCUAACAUCAGUUACCCUUUUUGGCUAGCCCAAGGUUCCCCUCCUGAUCAAUAUUGUGGUUACCAAGAACUUGGCCUUAUUUGCUCUGACCAUGGUAACCCCAUUUUCUCUCCACCACCCGGAUUAUACUACUACGUAGAAGAUAUAGACUAUGAAAAACAUAGUCUUAAGCUCAUUGAUGUUGAUACUGUAAACCAAACUUGUCCAAGGGCACUUCACAAUGUUCCCUUGGGCAACCUACCACUUUCUCACUCACCUUUGAACUUAAACCUUAGCUUUUACUAUAACUGCAGUCAUUACCCUUCUUAUGUACCUUCUAUAAAGUGUCUGAGUUCCGGGGCAAACGAGUCUUUUGUGUUUGGCAUGAGGAAUGAGACUAAAGGUUUUGACUGGUCUGAGAAUUGUCAGGAAAACGUUGUGGUGACAGUGAUGAAGGAUCAGAUUACAAGUGAUGGCUUGAUGAAUGAGUUUGCUGGGGCCAUGAAUGAAGGGUUCGUGCUUGAUUGGCAAACAGCUUCAAAUUGUGCUGAGUGCGAGGCCAGUGAUGGACUUUGUGGAUACAGUAACACCAGGAAGGAGUUGCUGUGCUUUUGCAAAGAUGGCAGUACAAGAAGCAAUAAAUGUGAAGGGGGAAGCAGCACCCGUUUCUCAAGACUAAAUAUAGGUUUAAUAGCUGGAGGAAUUGGAGCACUAAUGAUAUGCAUCAUACUUUGCAGUUUUAGACGUAAAUUAUCACCAGUUGUGUCAAAAAUUUGGAAGACCAAGAAGAUUGAUCUAGAUAUUGAGGCCUUUAUCAGAGAUAAUGGACCUCCAGCCAUAAAAAGAUAUUCGUAUUCAGAGAUCAAGAAAAUGACCAAUUCUUUUGAUUCCAAACUGGGACAAGGUGGUUAUGGCCAAGUAUAUAAAGGAAAUCUAAACAAUAAUUGUCCUGUGGCUGUGAAGGUACUGAAUGCUUCCAAAGGGAAUGGGGAAGAAUUUAUCAAUGAGGUUGCGAGCAUCAGCAGAACAUCCCAUGUUAAUAUUGUUAAUCUCCUUGGUUUUUGUCUUGAAGGCCAAAAGAAAGCUCUCAUAUAUGAAUUUAUGCCCAAUGGAUCACUUGAAAAGUUUAUACACAAAGAUUUUGAAACCAAUCCACCUUUGAGUUGGGAAAGAUUACACCAGAUUGCAGAAGGGAUAGCUAAAGGACUAGAGUACUUGCAUAGGGGUUGCAACACUCGGAUAUUACAUUUUGACAUAAAACCAACCAACAUCCUUUUAGAUGAAAACUUGUGCCCCAAAAUCUCAGAUUUUGGGCUGGCUAAGCUCUGCUCAAAAACACAUAGUAUCAUCUCUAUGCUUGAUGCUAGAGGGACAAUUGGGUAUAUAGCUCCCGAAAUAUGGAACAGAAACUUUGGAGGAGUGUCACAUAAGUCUGAUGUCUAUAGUUAUGGAAUGAUGAUUUUGGAAAUGGUAGGGGGAAGGCAAAACAUCAGUACUGAAGCAUGUAAUUCCAGUGACACAUAUUUUCCUCAUUGGAUAUAUAAGCAUGUUGAGGUUGGUAGCAAUUUAACAUGGCAUGGUGGCAUGACCAUAGAGGAAAAUGAAAUUUGUAAGAAAAUGAUUUUAGUAGGAUUGUGGUGCAUACAGACAAUCCCAUCUGACAGGCCUCCAAUGAGUAGGGUGAUUGAAAUGUUAGAAGGAAGCUUAGAACAGUUGCAAAUUCCACCAAAGCCGUUCAUGUUUUCUCCUACAACAACCCAAGUGGAACCUUGCACCACUAGUAGCUGUGAUUGAUUUUCAAUCUCUGAUU